CUCUUUCUCUCUCUUUUGUUUGUUCGUUCGUCGUCUCUGGGGUUUACCAGUGUUUUGAGCUGCGGAAAAGCUGAAAAUGGCCCCAAAGAGAGGAGUCAAAGUGGCUACCAAGAGGAAGCCUGACAAAGUAACAAACCCACUAUUUGAGAAGCGUCCGAAGCAGUUUGGGAUCGGAGGAGCAUUGCCUCCCAAAAAGGAUCUCUCCAGAUACAUCAAAUGGCCAAAGUCGAUCCGCCUGCAGAGGCAGAAGCGUAUCCUCAAGCAGAGGUUGAAGGUCCCGCCAGCACUUAACCAGUUCACCAAGACCCUUGACAAAAACUUAGCCACUACUCUGUUCAAGCUUCUUCUCAAGUAUAGGCCUGAGGACAAAGCUGCCAAGAAGGAUCGUCUUCUCAAGAAGGCUCAGUCUGAGGCUGAGGGCAAACCUUCUGAGUCUAAGAAGCCAAUUGUUGUCAAGUAUGGUCUUAAUCAUGUGACUUACCUCAUUGAGCAGAACAAAGCUCAAUUGGUUGUGAUUGCUCAUGAUGUGGAUCCGAUUGAGUUGGUCGUCUGGCUGCCCGCAUUAUGCAGGAAAAUGGAGGUUCCUUACUGCAUUGUCAAGGGGAAAUCACGAUUGGGAGCGAUUGUCCACCAGAAAACAGCAUCUUGCUUGUGUUUGACCACAGUAAAGAACGAGGACAAGAUGGAAUUCAGCAAAAUCCUGGAGGCCAUCAAGGCAAACUUCAAUGACAAGUUUGAAGAGUACCGUAAGAAGUGGGGAGGUGGUAUUAUGGGAUCAAAAUCACAGGCCAAGACUAAGGCUAAGGAGAGAAUUCUAGCCAAGGAGGCUGCUCAGAGGAUGAAAUAAGAUCUGUGGGUUUCAUUUUUUUGGAAGCGUAGUUUAUUCAGUUUUGCACAUCAAAAGACUUCAAGUCAAAAGUAUCUCUCUCUAUGUUUUCACAUUUUUGCUUGCAUCAUCUAAUUUCGACCUUGUUGACGACCUUGUGGUCCUUUAUAUAAUUCAUCAAUAGAACUAAACCUUAGUUAGCUAAAUUUAAUAUCGUUGUGUUAA